CUCAAAGCGGUACACGUGCGAAAGCUUUAAAUUGUUUCGUUUGAAUUUUUGUGUUUUUCUUAUGGUUAAGAAACAUAAAAAAAAUUAGCGUGAUGAGCUCACAAAAGCUUGAAUACGAUGCCAGCCUUGGCGGACAUGUAACACUGCCCAGUCAUGUGGCCACCUAUCAUUAUGCAUCUGGACUUCUUCAGGAGAUCAAAUCUAUGAUCGCAGAUGCCCAACUGCCUGCCAGCAGUAAGCUUAUUUUUCAAACGCUGCCAAAGCAUAUGCGCCGGCGUGCCAUGUCCCACCAUCCUAAGCGCCUGCCGCGUAAAUACCGUUCCGCCCACAAUUCUCAAAUGAGUAAAGCGGGCAAUCAGCCUGUAAACCAUAAGCGCCCAUCCCGUAAAUAUCGCCGACGUCCAAAAAAUCUGCUAAAUGAAUAUAUCCGACGACAGCGGAAGAUCAACUGGCUAGAGACCCACAUUUGGCAUGCCAAGCGCUUUCACAUGAUUGACCGCUGGGGCUAUCGACUGCCCUAUGCCAGCUGCGAUAAAACCUACCGGGCAUGUUAUCGUGCCAGUGCCGAGCACUGCCUGCUACAGGACAUUUCUUUUUAUAGCUGCGUGCAAAUGCAGGGCACUGUCGACCACCUGCGUAAUGGCUUCGGGCGACUCACAAGUCCAGACUGUGGACUGGGCAUAGCCGCAAAGACAUAUUUGAGUGGACGCCGCGAGGGCAGUAUUCAGCUAUUCGCCGAUGGUCAGUAUCCGUCGGGGGCACUGCACUGUGCCAGCUUCAUGUGGCGCCCCGAAGAGCAGCCGGAGGCGCAGGCACAGCGGACUCUGUGGCUUUGGUUGCAUCCUGCUGCCGUUGAGGCGACCACUUCCCAACUAAUUCAAGUAUUUCAGCUUAAGUCCACAAAACAGGAACAGCUUCCAUUGCCCGCUGAAUCAGACGAACAAUCGCCGCGUUUCGUGACACACACCAAGGCGUUCGAACGGAACAAAAGCUAUAUCAAUAAAGAUACCGGCAUGGAGAUGAUGAUCUUGAAUCAGGAAUUCAAUCGUUUUCGUCUGACUGGGCCUCGCUCUCAGUGCGUCCUGGCUGCCAGUCUACGUGUUCACCGUCAAAACAGUUCGACAUUAUCCAAAUCGAAGGAACUGCUGGAUGCAUCCCAUGAUCUGCUAGAUCAGGCUGAUUACUGUGAGGCUGCCCUGCAGUUGCGUUCGCCCAGUGAAGUCUUAUCCAAUUUGAUUCUUAGCGUAAAUGUGAUCGAUCCGCGUCUGCAGCGACCCAGUAAGCGCACGAAAGCGUCCAAUCCGGCAGCUUCUGCGGUCAACUCAACUCAGUUGCUUAUGAUGCAGCCCGCUAGUCCGCCCUUCAGCGACUUAUGGGAUCCGGAGCUGCGUGUGCGUCUCAGCGGACAAAUGAUGUUGACACAUCAAUACAAUCAGCUGCGUCAAAAGCACGCCAUAGUGCCUGGCGAGCCGUGUGCCUUUGAGGAGCAGAUGCAGCCAAUACCACUGUUGCUCAUUCAACGUCCAGGAUCGCAGCAAGCGAACUACAAACGUUUGGGCUAUGCUGCGGGCUGGGAUGUAAUUGCACCCGCUCGUUACGGAAUGGCGCUCUGGCAGACGCUUAUCAUGUGGGGCGCCCGACCUGGUGGACUGCGUGAAUUCGAAUCGGUAGCAAGAGAGUUGGGCGUCGAUCAUCAUCUACCUGAUACUGUGACUGGUUUGGAGCAGGCAGCGAGAGCUUCUUUGGAGCGACGUGCCCGCUACUUUCGUCUGCCGCCCAACAAGCGCUGCAACUAUCGCAAGCUGGCGGUGGUCAGUCCAUUUAAAGCGCCAUGGCAAUCCCUGGUUCGUGACUGGAAUCUGGAAACUUCAACGUCGCCGAAGAGCUUCUAUGUGAUGCGUGAUCGCGCAAUGUUGCAGCGUCUGGAUAAAUGCAUGCGCCAUCGAGAACAAUUCCCGGAUUGCCUGACUGACAAUUGCCUCAUCCAAGUGGAAUUGCGCCUGCAUACGCGGGGUAACUUGGAGAGUAAUGCAUUAAUUUGCCUGCCUUCACGCCUCGACUGGAAACGCUACUGGCGGCAGUUAAAGCAUGAUAAUCAGGAGCCGGUGCAUACUGAACCCCUGCUGUCCGAUCUUAACGAACGUUUGCGCAAGGAAUUGAGGCUGGGCCACAAGCGCCUGCUGAAGCGCUUGCGAGCGCGUCGUGUGCGCGAAAAGCGACGACUGCAGGAGACAAGCACGCGACGCGUUCACAUAAGGCCUGCCAAGACUGCGUCACUAGUGAGCGAGCAACUAACCAAAAUGUGCAGCCUAUGGCUACCGACAGAGCCCUCCGAGACGCACGACAGCGUGCGCCGGCAAUGCAGCCGCGAGGUGUUUGGCUAUGUGAGCUGUGCUGGCUUUAGCUUCGUGGAGGCAGCUGUUUGCGGCGUGGGCUACGUAACGGCCAAUGGACUGCGACAGCUGCUCGCAGCGCGCAAGGCAGACACAGCCGGUCGCUCAAGACAGCCGCUGCUCUGUCUACUGCGCAAUGCGAAUAGUCGCGACUAUCGAUUCGCGCGCUUGCAAAUCAAUCUCAACUUGGCUGCUGGCGUUUAGCUUUAGAUAUAGAUAUAACAAGCGUUGAAUAGAUAAAUAUGUAUGUUUUAGACUCUAAACAAAUACCCCAUUAAAAGCCCAUUAAGAAAGACAA